AGCCGUGAAGCCAUUUCUGAUUUUCCCCACCCGACUCCGUCGUCUCUUCCGCCGCCGCCUCCCCCUCCCCGGCUACGGGUUCCCCUCCGAGGACGGGACACGCCGCCUCCCAGCCCCGCGCCGGCCGCCCCCGUUCUCCCGCCGCCCCGCCAUGGCCGUCCCCAACCUCUUCCCCCCGUCCUCCUCUGGCUCGGCAGCAGGAGGAGGACAAGGCGUGGACGCGGAAGGCGCCGACGGGAAGGAGCUGGCCCUCCUUGUCAAGGUGUCCAUGGCUCAUGGCAUUUGAAGCAUUUCCUAUUUCUUUCCCAGGAUUGCAGCAGUGGAUGAUGACAUGCAGCGCUCAUCAUUUACCUCUUCCAGCAGUAUGGGGCUUAUCAGUGGUAUAAGAAAUGAGGACAGCCAUUUCAACGUCAACUAUGAAGCUAGUGAUUUACGGAAUAGGCUUCCUCAGGUUGCACCUGUGGUGCUGGCCAAUGUUCAAGUAAAUAAUUCUGUUGUGAACAGGAAGAAGGGUUUACUUAGUUCCUUCUACACUAUUGCGGAGAAGCUGCUUGUGUUCUGUGGCAGUCUCGUCAUUUUGUCAUUGUCAUACCCCCUUGCUGCAAAUGCAAAAGAGACCUUUGAGGAUCAUGGGAUGCAAGGCAUUAUCAUAGGAAGCGUCAUUUCAUUCUUCGUCAGCUGCCUUCUAACAGCUCUUGCCUCAUACUUGAAGGACAGCGAGUCCAUUGAGGGCAUUGGAUUCCACGUCUUCAAAUAUCUGGUGCUUCUUGUCUUCCUAUUCCUUUGCGCAGGAUUAUGUGUGAUACUGCGGUUUUGCGCACAUACCCCCAAAGCAGUUCUUUGGUCCCUUGGCACUGUAGGGUACAUCAUUAUUUUGUCCAUUUGGGUUUGGGUGUUCUACGUACAGGUGCCACAGAUUCAGGAAGAAAUGAAGAAAUUUUAUGAGACAGAAAAUAUGAUGCCAUUUGAGGGGUCUGACUCUGUGCCUGCAUCGGCUGCUCCAGGCCAUCGACCACCGAUUUAGACAAGAACAAUUCAUAUGCUGUGGGAAUGUUUCAUCUGUAAAGAACGUCUGUACAUUGGAAGUGAGAUACACAGGCCGAUCUACACAGCAGGUCGAGGAAACAUAAGACCAAUGAACUAAGACCAUUCUUGACUGGGAUCGAGGACCAAUCUACUGUAGUCACUAAUGAUGGCUACGCCGUGUAUGUAUUAUGAUUUAUGCAGUGAGCUACGACAGAAGAGCAAAAUGUCAAUAGGGAUGUGGUGAGGUAUCGUAUGCAAACAAGUGAUACAAGAUCUCCCGGUACACUUGAAACUUGCUGAACGAUGUGACGUGACUAUGUAUGAUCGGGACCUUUUUUUUGAGAGAGAGGGUACAAAGAGGAUAUGGACCCAUGCACACCACACUCUACUCACACCACAUGCAUACACGCGCGUCCUCACACACACUAGAAGAGGAUUGGGAAGCUUCAGGUUUCUAGUGGGAAUGAUGAACAGUAUAUGAAACAACUGAUUGCCCAAUUCUCAAUGUUUUUUAAUAUUUUGAAUAUUUUGUCUACUUCUCCACAACUGAGAUCUCGUUGUUUGUUUUCACCAUA